UUGAUCACCUGUAUAUUUUAAGGCUUACUUUAACAGUUCUUUUGGUAUCUGUAAAGAUUUUAUGAACAAGAUAUCAUGAAUGUAUAUUAAUCUUUUGCUUAUGAAAUUUUGGUUCAUUUGGGAAUUUUAAAUCACAUGUAACUUUAAACGGUCAUUAGGGUCAACCACAUGGCGGGUCGUUUGGCAAGCACGCUACAGGCAGAGUACCUUAGCUGUUCAAUCUGUCUGGAGCCCUUUCGGCAGCCCCGUGCGCUUCCCUGCGAGCACGUGUUCUGCUGUUCCUGUCUCGUGCAACACGUGGACGCAACGCAUGUGCGCCGCAGAGAUCACAUCGAGGUCAGUUGUCCGCUUUGUCGGAACCUUGUGUCCAUAAAGGCUCGGGCAGAGUUUGAUCCGCACUCAUGGGUGGUUACCCUCCCAAGCGAUUCGCUCAUAGAAUCGCUGCUAGCAACCGUCAACCAGCACAGGGGCUCGGCACCCAGGCAUCCUGAGCGGUUGCCAAGAAUAUGUGACGUACAUGGCGGAAAGCCAAAAGAAGCUUACUGUUUCACGCAUGCGCAGACGAUUUGUUGGGAAUGCGCAGCGCGAGAUCACCGCAUGUGCGAGGUAGAUUCAUCUGAGAAAGCACGAGAUAUCGUAUUGCCACAAAUUGAAGCAUUAAAAGAGGAUGUUUCGAAGCAGUUGGCAAAAGCACGGGAAAUGAGUGGCUCUGAUAAGAACUUUACCGAGACAAAAACAAAGACUUUGUACGAAAUCCUAGAUAUGGAAAACGCUCUAGAUCAAGUGUACUCAUCGGCCAAGCAGCAAAUCGCGCACCUGCGCGCAGACGUCGAAGAAUGUACCCGGCAUCACCUGGACGCUCGAAAAGAUUUCUACGACGUGGUCACGUGUCUACUGGAGCAUAAUUAUGUUCUGGACACGUUGUGUGGUAACACUGACACCGGCCACGUGCUAUGCGCGCUCGAGAAAAUAAGGCAUGAAAUAAGCGAAGCAAAAGUGGACUUGACUAAAGUAGAAAGCGCACAAAAUACUGACAAUCACUCAAUGAGGUUUGUGCGAGAUGCCGAAAUGGAUGCGUUUCUACGAAUGUACACAAGUGUGGGAUUUAUCGACUCCAACGUCCCCGGCCACGGUGAUAUACAGCUGGAAGCGCAGACGCAAAGAGAUGCCCCUUCCUCAAUCUCACAUAUACUGAAGAGAGCACCUCUAAAACCCUCUGCACCUCCGAGCCAAACGCCUUCCACCAAGACCCGUUUGACUAACAAUCAAAAGUCUUCAGUUAAGACCACUUCCCCUGGUAUUCAGAAUUCAACUAAAACAACUGUCUCACAGACAGUACCCUUGCCACCCAAAAUUAUCUCUACUCCUGGCAGUCAAACUUCAUCAACUAAAAGCACUGCGUCUGGACCUCAGACUUCGACCAGUAAACCCCCUGGCCCUCUUGGUCAGAAGACGACCGCCAAAACUACAGUUGCCUGGAAAAAGAACGCAAAGAAAUGAACCAUCUAUGAUGACAAGCAUUUGAGUAAAUCUGACGAAGUUGAAAUAUAUCCAGUAGAUAUUUUACUUCACAAGGUUUUCGAACAUCCGUGCCUUUCAUUGGUAUUCAUGUGUCACACAAAGGAAUUCUUUGGCUGUUUGUCACUUUUAGCUAGUAAUUUCAACCGCGUUGUUGCUGCUUUAUACAUGCAGUGAGAAGGCAGAAGACAGACACACAGACACACGUACAUAAGACUAUACAAGUGUGAUGAAGCAGACGUUCAGUUUAUAGAAAUAAAUGAUGAGCGUGAUUCGUACGAGGUUGAAAUUCGUCAUUUUUAUUUAACAUAAUUCCUCAUUAUUUUUUCAAUUGUUAAAUGGUCGCCGUGAGACGGACGGACGGACAAAUUACUAUAUGCUGACCUGCGCGGGGGAGGUAGGGGGCAUAAUAAAACUAACAU